GUCAAGGUCAAGGUAUGUUAUGUCACGUACUAGAUAUGUAGGACGUGCCCCAAGACGCACGUAUGUAUGUAUUAUUACGCAGAAGCCGCUUCCCCCAUGUUCCAAAAUGCCUACCUACCUCAGUCCUACAUAGUAGCGUAUGUAAGUAUGUAUGUAUGUACGUAGAAAACCCCCUUGCUCACCGAGGGGUAUUUACGUAUUUUACACGCCCUCACCGGGGUCCCCUCCACAUUCAACAAACUCACCUAGCCUACCUAGGUAGUAAAGUUGGCCAUAACCCUCACCUACCUUGCCUUCUCUGGGUAGGUACACGCAACACACGUCUCCCUCUACCUCCGCUUAAAGUACCCGUCCAAGUACACGUUCUAAUUCUAAUUCUAUACUACCAUGUAUACAUACCUAUCCAUGUAAUGUACCUGCCAUUACAUGGCAUGAACAUGACAUUACAUUAUUACAUACAUACAUUACCGCCAUCCCGUCCUGUCCGUCCGCUCAUCCCCAUCUCAUCAACGCACCCCCCCGGCACCCCCCGGGCUUAUAUGCAAUCCUAGUUUAUUCUACCACGUUCUUUUCUUUUCCCUGAGAAAGCAAGCAACGUUGCAGGGGGGGUUGUUGUAGUUUAAACCGGAGUACCGCAUCUGCAGGAACGCGCUUUUCAUGGUGCGCCGAAAAAAAACCUUGCCCCUCCAUGCUUAGGUGAGGACGCACGAAGGAAAGAAAAUUGGGAAGAGAAAAGUUCAAAAUGCGACCCUGGCCGGAGCCGGAAGGAGUAGGCGCACAAAAAAAAAGGGAGCCCUGGAGAAACAAGGGGGUUCGGUUCGAGUUAUAUUAGCCAUCAUGGCAGAUCGGGAGCCUUUACCGGCCUGAGCCGCAUCCCGGAACGUUUUUUGUUAUUUGGAAUCCCUGGGUUGGAAAUUCUAGACGGCUGCAACGUCAUCCCAAAUUUGUGCCGACGGAGCCUAAGCAAUCUGGGGAAGGUAAGUUAGGGGCGCGGAGACGCAUCAUCGCCAUCAGCCUCACUUGCGACGAGUUACAACAUAAAAGCACCGAUAGCGG